AUGACUUGUUUCCUGAUAUCGGCCUUUCUGCUGGUUUUCCAGACAUAUGCUGCUCCACGUGAGCUCAUCCAGCCAGGAUAUAGCAUAACACUGGACCCCAUGGACCUUGCUUCUGGAGUAUCAGCAAAUAUCACUGGAGAUGAAACCUCAUCUCCACCUCCAGGAACAAGUAAAAGAGCCCCUCAUAGUAUCAUUAUUGGGGUACGGAAAGGGGGCACGAGAGCACUGUUGGAGAUGCUCGAUAUCCACCCUGAGGUUGCUGCUGCAGCCACUGAGGUGCACUUCUUCGACUGGGAUGAGAACUAUGCCAAGGGCUUUGAGUGGUACCGAGAUUUGAUGCCCUACUCUUACCCACACCAGAUCACAGUGGAGAAAACUCCUGGUUACUUCACGUCAGCCCUUGCACCGGAACGCAUCUGCGCCAUGAACUCCUCCAUAAAGCUGCUGUUGAUCCUGCGCGACCCGGCCGAGCGGGUCAUCUCCGACUACACACAGGUGUACUUCAACCGGCUGGAGAACCACAAGCCAGUGCAAGCCAUCGAGAACCUGCUAGUGCGUAAUGGAGCCCUGAAUAUCAGAUACAAGGCCAUUCAGCGGAGCCUUUAUGACGUCCAUAUGCGUAACUGGCUGCGUCACUUUCCCCUGGAACAAAUACACAUCGUGGAUGGUGACGCUCUGAUCCAUGACCCCCUGCCAGAGCUUCAGAAGGUGGAGCGCUUCCUGAAUUUGACCCCAAGGAUAGUGUCCUCCAACUUCUACUUCAACCAGACCAAGGGGUUUUACUGUAUCCGCAGUGACGGCCGAGAGCGAUGUCUGCACGAGUCGAAGGGACGUCCUCACCCGGCUGUCAACAGCACCAUCCUCCAGCAGCUCCGCUCCUACCUACAGGAACACAACCGGACCUUCUUCAGACUGGUGAAGCGCACCUUUGACUGGCAAUAAGAAAACACAGAUCACAAAUCAGACUUAAUGAAGCCACUACCCUGUCUGGGAUGAGGACAAUAAGGGGGCAUAAAGCACUUUACAGAACUGACAUUUAACAAGCCCUUGAAUAGCCUCCAUACAACUGUUGUGAUCUCUGGUUUCAUCAGAGCUGUUUAAUUUAUACCAUAAGGGAAAACAUGUUAAAAACAGGGUGACGCUUUAGAUUACAGUCCACAAUGUACAGUUACUCCAGAGAUAUGGUAUAAUCUUUAGUAUUCACGUGAAACAGUACAGUAUACAAGGCAUUGGUACUUGACAGAAAGACUUGAAGCUAUGGAAUAAGGGGGUAACAAUUUGUGGUACUUUGCAUCAGUCCAUACUGUACUAGUGGCCUACACUUUGGAGUAAUUAAGCUGUACAUUGUGGGGGGGAUAAUCUAACGCGUAACCAAAUACUGUAACUUGAGGCGUAAAGUUAAAUGGAAGAAUUUCCAAGCUUAAUAAAUCAUUCUCUCUGUGCUGGAA